CCCUCCCUUCCUCCCUCCCAUCUCGGGGCCUGCGCGCCGCUUCCUUCCCGCACGCGUCGCCGCUCGCCGGUGUCUCGGGCCCGCGCGCGGUUUUUUUUUUUUUUUUCUUUUUCCACCACCCUUCCCCCAGCCUCCUCGGGCGGUGGAACGGCCGGGCUCACGCUCCGUGCUCGCGGCGGCCUGGGUAGCGCGGGAGUCCCACCGCGGAGGAGACGGCCUGUACCAUCGUCUCCCGGCACGCGGGGGGGUGGAGCGUGCGUGUGUAAGGGAGCCGCCCGCCCCGCCGCACGCGCCUCGGCGACCCCGUGAAACUCAGAAGCCCCCCCCUCUCCUCCUCCUCCUCCCCGGGGCCUCGACCCCGGAGCGCAGGCAAACCACCGCCUCCCUCUUUGCCCCCCAUCUCAACGCCGCCGGCUCCACCCAUCCGGGCCGCGGCCAUGGCCGAGACGGAGGAGCGGAGCCUCGAUAACUUCUUCGCCAAGAGGGACAAGAAGAAGAAGAAGGAACGGAGCAACCGAGCGGCGGCUAACGCGGCGGGCGCGAGCGGCGGGACGGGAGCCAGACCGGGCGACGGAGGGACGGGCGCGGGAAGCAGGCCGGGCGAUGGCGGGACAGGAACUGGGAUCAGGUCGGGCGACGGUGGCAUCUCGGGCGUCGGGACCAGGUCCGGAGACGGCGGGCUCACCGGAACGGGAACCAGGCCGGGAGACGGUGGCAUCUCGGGCUCUGGGGCCAUCAAGGCCGUGACGAAGGAUGAAGAUGAAUGGAAAGAAUUUGAACAAAAAGAGGUCGAUUACAGCGGACUCAGAGUUCAAGCGAUGCAAAUAAGUGAAAAGGAAGAUGAUGAUAAUGAAAAGAGAGAAGAUCCAGGAGAUAACUGGGAAGAAGGUGGAGGUGGUGGAGGUGUAGAAAAAUCUUCAGGUCCCUGGAAUAAAACUGCUCCGGUACAGGCCCCUCCUGCUCCAGUAAUUGUUACAGAAACCCCAGAACCGGCAAUGCCUAGUGGUGUGUACAGGCCUCCUGGGGCCAGGUUAACCACAACAAGGAAAACACCACAAGGACCUCCAGAAAUAUACAGCGAUACACAGUUCCCGUCCCUGCAGUCCACUGCCAAGCAUGUAGAAAGUCGGAACAGGGAUAAAGAAAUGGAGAAGAGCUUUGAAGUAGUAAGACACAAAAAUAGAGGUAGGGAGGAGGUUUCAAAGAACCAGGCCCUUAAACUUCAGCUAGACAACCAGUAUGCUGUGCUUGAAAACCAGAAAAGCAGCCACUUGCAGUACAAUUAAGGAAUGGUCUUUGUUAACCCUUCCGAGAUAACCAGACCACAGCUAACCACCACAGCCAUUCACCAUCUGAUCUGUUGGAUCUACAGUGACUGACCGGUGCAGACCUCAAUUCCAGUGACUGGCCCUUUUGCACUGUGGAAGUUCAAAGUGUCACGACUUCUUUAUGUAUUGGAUUUAGGGAAAUAUUCAUUGUCAUAAAUGUGCAAGCUAGAUUCAGCAAUGUUCUUUCAUAAUUGCUUCACAAAUAUAAAAACCAAAACCUGCAGUCAGCGGUCAUUUCAAAAAUCUUUAUGUUCAGAUACUGAGCCUCCAUCAGGGUUGACUACCUCAGAGAUGCUGCACUUCCUGUGGAUGUCAUGUGGGUCCUGCCUCUGGAUUGGAAGGCUGUCGCUACUGAAGUGUCCAGGGGAACCUUGAAGCCAGCUCUAUUGGAUUCUUAUCAGAAAUCCUGCAGAAAGUCAGCCAUCUGGGUUCUGAUCUGCUGUAAAAGAUGAAGAUUUAAGUGACCUUAAUUAAUCCUGUCCUGUGCCCCACCCUAAGGAAUACUCUGUAGUAGGCUGUGGCUAUGUUAGACUUCCUGUCAAAAACUGGAUCAUCUGUGUAGGGCUGUAAUUUACAAUUUUAAAUUUUUAGUUGUAGUUUGAGGUAAUUACAAAUUAAAUUCAACCAAACUUGGGUCCACCAAAUGGGAAGGGGUGUGUGGGAAUAAUCUUCUUUGAGUAAUUUUUUUAUUUGGAUAGCAAUUUUUUCUGUGUUCCACAUUAAGGCCUUUUUUUGCUUUGACUUUGAAUAAGUUCUUCGAGAGCAUAAUGCCUAGCUAAGUAACCUGGAAUAUGCAUUGGAAUUGUGAAAUGUCCUGUGAAUUUGCCAAUGUCUAGGUGGAACCAAAUAGCCUUUGUAAAGGGCAAUGGAUACCAGAGGCCUCACUCGAGGUGCUGCUAAAAGCUUCCUCUGAUCAGGGCUAAAUUGUGUACUGACCUGCUGUGGAAGGAGUGUGGUGUCUGCUCAGGUGAAGGUCCCCUGGCCUGUCCUUUGAGAGGCAAAGCAACACAGCUAAUCAGGUUUAAUUGAGUACCGAACUGCUGUGGAAGGAGUGUGGUGUCUGUUCAGGUGAAAGGUGCCCUGACCUGUCCUUAGAGUCAAAGCAACACAGCAAAGCCUCACCCGACAGCACCCUCCCGUUUCAUGGACCUUGAUGACCUUUGACCAGAAUUCCUUUAAGGCACUGGAUACGCUGUAGAUGAAGCGGUUUGUCCUGCUAGCUAUUACCAACUCUGGUGUGUUUUCAUAGUGGUUAUUUGAGAAGGCAGGGCAAAAACGUAGCACUUCUGCUUUCAGUAAUUACAGUUGAACUCUCCAGUAGUAUUUAGUCCUUAAAAGAGACUUUUAAAAAGUUCCCGGGCUUACUGGCAAGUUUCUUUCCACCUGAUGAAUGGUCUGGCAAUUUCCUGCUUGUAUCUUUGGUUCACUAGAAAUUCUCCAGAGCGGCUCACGACCAUGAGAGGCAGAGUGGGGUUCAUUACAAUCCCUUUUCUGAAUGUGGCUCAGGUGCUUGCUGCUGGCGGGAAUGAAGUAGAUGGUGAGUGAUGCUCCCAGUAUGGGCGCUGGGAGCCUUUUCCCACAGUCCAGAAGAGCGUGUCAGUGCAGGAAACAGACUGCCUGGGGCCACACUGUCUCCUGACAGGACCCCAAGCCACUUCUGAGCCAUAAUGGUAUUAUCUGAGCCAACCAAGGCGAGCUUGAGUGGUUAGAAAUAAGAGUCUUGGUUAGAUUAAAGAUGUUCUGGGCACCAAAACCCUUGUCAGACCUUGAGCCGCAUACUUCUCUUGAAGAAGAGUAUGAGUGUCCCCCUCCCAAACUUCGGGUUUGUUACUAGGAAGAGAACUGAGACAAAUGUGAAGAGGUUUGUUUAAUGGUGUGCUGUACUGGAAAUCUGAAGGUUUGCAGCAAAUUUAAGUUCCAACUCAUAAUUUUGAUUAUAAUUGUGAAAUUCUCAAAAUGCACAUGAAUCAAGUUUUAAUAUACUUUAUGAUGGGUGGAUGAGGCUGUCUAUUGUACCAUUUCUUUGGAUUCUCAGGCAUGGUUUGGCAGUGUAAGAACUCUGUAUCAUUAACAAGUUCAAUAAAAAGUAAAUAUAUGGA